UCUGAUGCCUGUGAUACGGGAAUUGGAGCUGUGUUGUCGCAACGCCAUGGAGAAGACGAAAAGGUUAUUGCCUAUGCCGCAAGGUCCUUAUCUAAAACGGAAAGGAACUAUAGUACUACUAGGAAAGAACUAUUGGCCCUUGUAUGGUAUGGUCGAUGAAACAUUUCGCAUCCUAUAUAAUAGGAAAACCAUUCAAAGCACGUUCUGAUCAUAAUGCACUGAGGUGGAUAAGAAAUUUUAAGCAACCUAAAGGACAAGUAGCACGAUGGAUUGAAAGGUUGUCCGUUUUUUUUUACUUUAAAAUUGAACAUAGACCUGGACGUAGUCAUCGUAAUGCUGAUGGUGUAUCACGUAUACCUCAGGAUACUCGUGAGGUACAGACUGGCCACGUAUGUAACGCAUCGAAUGGUAAUGCGAAACGAGCCCGUGGUGUCUCCGCUGGACAGCGAAGGAACUGA